AUGCUUCCUAAUGGAUAUACUGCGACUGACAAAAGCUUCUUAUUUUACUUUGACAAUUCUACUUCAAAGAUAAGUCGUAUCCUUCCUGAUUGUUCUGUUAGUGCCAUAUUUCAAAAUUCUUCUUAUGGACCCACUUUCGGAUAUCCUGAUUUAUUUAUAUCAUCAAAUUGUAAUCAAACUAAUAGCUCUGAUUGUAAUUGUACUCAUUAUUAUGAAAAGAAUUUUAGCGUGACCGAUUUUUUUGUUGAAGAUUAUGAAGGUCAUAGACCAAGAUAG